GAGGACGAGCAAACCGCCAACGAUGACUUUGAGUAUAUCAGCUAUCGCAUAUUCGGAGCAGUCACAUAUGAUAGGGUCAUGUUUUGGAAGCCUGGCAAUGGUAAAAUAAGCGUUGGUAAGGACGAAAUGACAUCACAGAACACCAGCGAGAAAGGCGAAAAUGUCAUUUUAUCUCAGGGGCAAAGUGUCGCUGUUGGGGAGAUGUGGUUUAGAUUGGUGCGGAAG